CGCGUACUUUUGGCCCCCGCGGUUAUCCCUUCCAAUUUCCAUCACCAACCACCAUUUUCUAUAUAUAUACCUCUCUUCUUUCACCUCCUUUUCAAUCCUAAUAACUGAUAUUCUUGGAUAAUUUCGAUCUACAUCUCUCUCUGCUUUCUGGGCUUUGUUUCAAGAUUCUAUUUCGUUUCACAAAAAAGAUGGCUUGCUUGGUUUCUCGUACCGGAAGAGAAUUGCAGAGAUAUAAUCAUAUGGGUUUUCGUCAAGUUGUGGGUUGUAUACCUUACAGAUUUAAAUAUAAUGAAGACGGGAUGAAGAUUUCUAAUGAAUAUGAGGUGCUUGUGAUAAGUUCUCAAAAGGGUCAAGGCCUGAUGUUUCCUAAGGGUGGUUGGGAACUUGAUGAAUCCUUGGAACAAGCUGCUUCUAGAGAGUCACUUGAAGAAGCUGGGGUUCUUGGCAAAGUUGAGUCUCAACUUGGAAAAUGGAGAUUCAUCAGCAAAAGCCAAGGCACAUAUUAUGAAGGCUAUAUGUUCCCUUUAUUUGUUGAGGAACAACUUGACCUCUGGCCAGAAAAACAUGUUAGAGAAAGAAUAUGGAUGCCUGUAGCUGAAGCUAGAGAAGUGUGUAGACACUGGUGGAUGAAGGAAGCUUUAGACAUCUUAGUUAAAAGACUAACCAUUGGAGAGCAAAAUGAUAAUGAUCUUCUAGCAACUGAUGAUCUGUGAUUGAAAGCUCAGUCUUGUUUUUUCCCCUUGUAAAUAUGGAGAGAAAAAAUGAUUCUGGAUGGGGGAGUCAUGUGAAUAAAAGUUAAUGGUUUGGUUGGAUCUUUCCUCUUCUGAAAUCUGAUGCCAUCAACUCAUAGAAAGAAAGGAAGCCAUGCUCAUGAUAUCACCAAAAGCUUGAUCUGGCACAAGCUGUUAGAAAAAAAAAAAAAAAAAACAGAGACACGGGAAAGAGAAGUGAAAGGGAAAGGACAAUGGUAGGGAAGGGAUAUGGGGAAAAACUAUUGCAGAAAAUGAACUUGUACAUGGUUGGGGCUGUUCAUGACUAAUUGUGCCAUAGUUUCUUUUUCUUUUUGUUUUAUGUAUCAUCAAUUUUGAAAGAAAAUACAAAUUAGAUAUUAUUGAAAGAUAGCAUCUGAUCUAAUCCACUUGCAACUUUUUGGUAA